AUGAAGAUGGGGAAGUCGAUGCUCCGGCUGAGUACCGAGACUGGGGGGAUGGACAAUAAGACCGAGGUGUUGGACAGAGCGCUCCUAUCGUGGCGACUGCACGAUAUGGAUCAUGUGGAGCGCACGCUCGCCGAGACUACUCGAAUCUCUGUCCAGCGCAUCCCAGCCCGCUAUGUCUUCUCUGAGUUGGAUGCAGCAGAGCGGUGCACUCACGCAGAGAUCAAGGAGAUCCUUCGUCCCCGGCUGCAGCUCUUGUUCCAGGGCCAUUAUCAGGCCAUUGGUUUUGACUUGGUUGCUGAGGUGGCCAAGCGAGGGCCGAAGAAAGGCCAGGCGUAG